AGAAAAACCAAUUCGAUGGACAUUAAGUUAAUAACAUCAUAGCCAGGAGAAUUCAGAUUUCAGUAUCGCUCAUUGCCUGAUUUCAUUUCUCGGAGCCCCAAUAUCCCGCUGUGCCAUGCCGUAUGGGGUGGUUUUCAGCCAGGAGUGUGCGCAGUGACAGGUAAACGCGCAACCUGGAGGAAGAGCAGAGAGGAGGAGGCAGUCCUGUGAACCCGUGUGGCGAUGCAUCGAGGUAGACACGUCGUGACUCCCGAUGCCGAAACAUUCACGACUACGUCGGGUGACAGGUCAGUCUCGACCUGUUCUCGUUGGUACAACGGCCGUCCUUUUGCUGCUGGCCAUCUGGCCUGACAUUGUACCUGUCACACGUCUACAGACUGGAUCGAUUAAUAUUUGUCGUUCAAUUACUUUUUGGGCAGCUUUUCUCUGCAGCCGACGAGGGACACAUUCGAGGAAUUCGCGUGGAAUUCGCCUUGACGUCGUCAUCGUUGCUGGCCGAGUGAACAUACAUUUAAAAAGGCAGACAACGCGGAUUGAGAAUCCGCAGCAUGAACAGGUGGUGCAGCGUCAGCCGAGCACCAGGAAGGACAAAUAUCGGGGAAGAUGUAACAGUUUCAACAAAUUGCGGCUGCAAAAGGAGAAGCUCGAGGAGAAGCAUCUGCACCUGUUGCAGACUGUCGAGAGCGAGAAGGCAGCUAUAAGUGGCAGUAUACACAGCAAUGCGAGGCGCUCACGUUAGAGAUAAAGAAUCUUCGCCGGGCAGAA